AAAAAAGUUUUAUUUUACCGCUUUGCUGCUUUUGAAACAAACUUCUAUUGUUCAAGUGUUUUAAUUUGAAUAACAGCAGGGACGCUUCGGCACUGAGUGUCCUGUCGACUGGCGCGUUUCAUGCAAUCACUUGUGUAACAGUAAAGAUAUGUAAUAUAAUAUAAAUAUAGAAGGACGAAAUAAUACAAACGUUAUUAUGACGUACGUUAGCGCAUUGUUAUGCAGAGCGAACUAUUUCCAUUUGCUAAUGUUACCAUUUGAGGAAAAACGUUUUUAUUCUAUCCUUGAAUGCCGAGGAUUACGUUAAUAUUAUUUCGUAGCUGGACGUUAAAUCGCCGCGUUGCUAUUGAAAAACAACAAGUCCCAACUGCGAACUAAUAGACACGACGACCGAAUGAGGACAGAGCAAGCUUCCUCGUCAAUUAAAUUCACAAAAAAAAAAAUACUACAGAAACAUCACUUCCCGCUUUUGGCCAUAGAGCUGCUUAGGCAACUUUUUUUUUUUAGUCAUAUGAAAUAUUCAAAAAGCUACACCUGAUACGCUCGUUUUCCUUUUCAUGAAGCGUAUGCUUAAUAUAAUGCAGCUCGAGCAUCGUCUUCCUUAUACACUAUAAUCAUCAGUUACUAAAUAUAGGCAUCAUAAAAGCUAUGUAUUUUUGUAAGUCUAAAUAGGUUUAGUAGUCAGCACUAGUCCAAUCAGCGUAGCAGCACGCCGCUCUCGUUUCUUCAACGCUUUACGAGCCUAUAGGCACGUUUUCCGUUGCGUAUCUAAUCACGUUUAUUACUAUUUUAUAACUAAUUACUAUAGACAGUAGAUGGAAAAAGUGCAUAGAGAACUUCGAUACAAGGACGCCAUUAUUGCAACCUUCGCUCAAGAUGAAGACACAGCUGUUAAUUCACGUGACGGGCAAUAUUGUUCUCUCCUGUACCUCAGAUUUAACGCGGUGGCAAAACGUAGUGCAAAAUUUAAUGCGGCUAUGGUAAGAUCAGGCCAAUCUGUCCAUUAUUUCAUUCGACGCAACCAUUGACAUAGAUAAUCUGUGCCUAAUUGACUUGCACGAAAUAUGUGGUCUUCCAUAAAGUUUUCUAAAAUAUCUUUCUAGCUAUACUGCCUACUAUAUACAUAUUUAGCCCGAUACUGCUUUUUUUUGGAGGUACGCACAAAUGUCAUUGCACUUUUGGUAGGAAAUCGAUUUCACAGCGCUGAGGCCAAUGGGUUUUUUAGUAGAAAUGUUGUUGGUCAGAAAUGUCAGCUCAGACCCCAAAAUACCUCACACAUACAAAUGAAGAUUAACGUUAACAUAUUAAUCGGUUGACAAGCGACGAAAAAUGUUUCCAUGGUAGCGUAGUGGCAACCCGUUAAACCUAGAGACGCGUAGCGGUCUUGUUCGACACCGAGCGAGACCGCAUCUGAAGCGAUGACUAACGGCAAUACUGGGUAUGCAGCUGGGAACAUCUAUUUAGGAAAUACAUGCGUCUGUAAUAGAAUCUUUCGUUGAUGAUUCGUAAAUGGUUGCCGCAGAGAGUGCAUGUCCGCACAUUCGACAACAUACAUUCGUCACUACCACAAAAUAAUAUACAACUACCACAAUUGUGUGUAAAAAAACAUAAUCUUCUUAUAGGCAACAGAAUAUAGAUCUGUCUAUUGGUGCGACAGGGGUCCUCCUCAUCUAUUUAAUAACAGUGGACAGCUAACAUUGAAAUCAAACACUUAGUUAUAAAAGAAUGGCUAGGUUUGCUCUAGACAGCUCAGUGGGUAAUUCUGGGGACACGUAAUUGUAUAGGUUUGAGUCGGGAGGAUAGGACUUCGUGCUGGGACGCAGCCUGAAGUUCGACAUGAAAAGAGGUUUCGUCCAUCCGAAGGUCGAUGAAAACACCAUGAUAGAUUAAAAGCGAAUAAUUCACUACCAAUGACGUACAGUGUGUUUUUCUAUCGACAAAUCUGGUAUUGCCAUCUUUACCGAUUACAGUCAUAAUUAGAUGAUAAUUUACAGAUAUAGUCAAAUCGAAAAGCGGUCCUUGUUGAGUUUAGUUUUUCCGUUCAGUUUUUAAAGGAAAUGUGGUUAAUUUGAAACACAACUAAUAAAUCGUUUGGCUUCCGUUAUUGUUCAUAACUAUAUGUAUCCACAUACGUGCAUGCGAUAAUGUUAUAUCUUAUAGCUGAACUUGCUUAAGUCAGAAGUUUAAUGUAUUUAUCUAUUUUUUUCCUUUCACCUUACGGAACAGUAUCUCGUGCACGUCCUAUAUGGCGCUAAUCGUGCAUGUUCCCUCGAAAAGAAACUUGUAGUGGCCGAGUUAAAAAGAAGAGCGUUUGGUAAAGACGUUAUCUGAAACAUCAAAAAUUGUCUACCUUCGAGUGGAUUGUUCGUUGUGGUUACUACUAUAUACACAAACACGUUCGCUGAUACAAUGAACACCACCUAAUUCUACCCUUGACGAGAUGUGUCUGAAAAUAAUGGGAUGUACCGUUGAAGAUAUCUGCCAUAUGUGCCCAGGUACUUUGAGGAAAGAAGGAGUAGACAUGAAAGCGCUGUAGUAUCGUUUCUAAAUUUAAUAUCUAAAAUACAUCAGGUUUCCUUAUUGUUGGAUGACGCGAUUUCCGAGGACCGGGCAAAGCUUCAGACUCACCGAUAACCACUGACAAGGCGGUCGUUAUUGUGCGAGGAGGACACACUUGAGGGCCGCAAGUGAACUUUACUGGCCGGCUCGAAACACUCAUCAAAGGAUUUUGCUUGAAGAAGCGAUACGGCCAAUCAGUACAAUGCUGUUGACCCGAUUCCUGCCUGCGCGGGACCCGCGAACAGUCCAGUGGUUCGGUGCCGGAGACUGGAUAACUCUUCUCUACAUUCUCGGAAUGUACACCUGCACCGUAAAAGUCUUGCUACCACAGUAUAUGGCUAACCGUAAGGAGUAUAAACUUUUUGGCAUUAUCCGCCUGUACAAUUUACUGUUGGUAGGCGUAAACGCAUUCUUCUUUUGCAAUCUCAUCACGCGGACGUAUCUCGGUGGAGGGUACAACUGGUUCUGCCAGGGUAUAGGCAAGGAUCGCGUAGAUGUGGCCGUACUGCGGCUCAAUUACUAUUACAUGUUUGUUCGAAUCUUCGAAUUUCUCGACACAGUUUUCUUCGUACUUCGGAAGAAGUUCAAUCAAGCAAGCGUCCUGAACAUAACGCAUCAUUGUAUUGCCGUCGGCCUACCGUGGUACGGCCUUGCUUACGGCCUCGACGGGCAAAUCUGCCUAAUGGUUCUAAUCAACAUGGCCGUGCAUGUUGUGAUGUAUUCUUACUACUUUUUAGCAUCGUUCUCUUCCAUUCAGCCCUAUCUCAGCUGGAAACGUUAUCUGACAUUACUGCAGAUCGUGCAAUUUUUCGUUGUCGUCGUGCACAUGUCUGUGCCAAUCGUACAUGACUGUGGAUACCCGGUGCAAAAUUCGAUUCUUGUAAUUGCGAGUUAUAUCUACUUCCUCGUCAUGUUCGCCGCCUUCUAUGACAACGCCUACCAGAGUCGAGCCUCGAAGUACGCAACAUCGAAACGAUUGGAUUCUUCUCACAACGGCGCAGCACGAGCUCACAACGAUCCUUUAAAGAUUUCGUAAUACAAAACCUCAAUAGCAACAAACAAGUUUAAAUGGAAUUUAACUAAAUUUUCACUACACCCAAAUCUGUUUCAGAUCUGCUAGGGGGAAGCUCGCGGCAAAGUGCAGCUCUGUAAUUAGCAUAGCGGACAGUGCCCUUCCCUACGCCGAAAAGCGAACAUUACUAGACGCCGUUCUAGCAAUAUUCACUUCUUUUUAUAUAUAUAUAACAUGUCUCACCUAUAUAGCCUCAGGGAUAGUUAGUCAUAUAAUAUAUAUGCUUAACUAUCCCUGACGUGUCAGCCUUACGCCGUCUCUGCCUUUUCCUUUCUGGAAUAAUCAUCGUUCGUUUCUUAGGAAAGUCGUGCUAGUAGCACAGUGCUGCUACCAUAAAUACUAACAGACAUAUAGGUAUUAUCUAAUAGCCAUAAUUAUUUAAGCGUCAACGUUCACGGCCUGUUCGAGUCUUUAGCUUGCGGCAAAGUGUGCCAUUUUUUAUGUCGCGUCAUUGUUUAUGUCGUCUUACAUUUAUAGCGUAUUGUCGACGUGAUCGCUACGAGUGUUCGGCAGACGUCGGAAGAACCUGUUCACUGUAGCGCCCGCCUCGUCAUCAUAAACGAGUACAGGAUAGUUUAUACUGCGACCUGUAUAUUCGUUCGUGCUUAAAAUGCUGCAAAUAAUUAAAUCAGUUUUAACGUACUGCUAAAAUUAACUGAGCACCUAUUUGCCUUUGAGCGACCCUCUCUGCCUUUACGUUUGAUACGGUCGUCAAUAAAGAAAAAAUAGGAAACGAUACAGGUUCUACCAUCAUAGAUGGGAUACAAGAACAGAAUAAGGGCAGCCAACGUGGAAUAAACUAUUCAGUGAAUAGUCGCAAAGUUAUCUGUUUCCGAAAUCAUCUCAGAGAAUCUUGUCUACUUUUAUGAUGGAGUUAGCUUUUUUUUUCUUUGUGAACAGAGGCUGCUUUGCUUCCUGUGAACACCCAAUAAACAUCUGAGCAAUGCUGUGUCAUUUCUAGAUUUAAAAUGUAUAAGCUCUAUGAAUAUGUGCCUAUACGCGACAAAUAAGACGAUAGCGGAACUAUAUUCGCUACGUUAGUUAGACUGAUUUGCUCACCCAUUGACAUAUUUAUUUGUACAAUUUUGCCCCACUGAUUGGUCGGUGCAAAUUGAAUAAAGUAAAAUUAAAAAUU